AGUGAAGGGCUGUUAAGUUAAAACCAAGACUCGAAUUGAGGGGGUUUGCCAUCGGCCUACCUUUUAUUAAAGAAUAAUUGAAAAAAAAGCACAGGCCUACCCCUUGUUAGCUUAAGAUUUUGAAGAAAAUAGAAUGGAUCCAAUUAUAUAAAGAGAUCUAUAAAAACGCUUUGGUCCACAAUGCUUUAUGCUAGAAACAAGCUGUAAAAUACCCGGGAAAGACGUGAGUCCGAUGGGUUGGGUUAAGCCACGGAAGAAGAGUAUCCAGCAGUUAAAGCUUACAUUUUUCUGCGUCGGCAAGCCUACUCUUUCUGGGGUGGAAAGGUUGGCCUUCAAGAAGUCAAUUUAUCCUCCUUGUUUCUGUCUGCUCAUCUACCAUCGAGACUUUUGUUCAACCCUUCCACCUCAGAUAAACCGGGAGCAUCAUCCCAGCCCCAUGAGCAGCGAGCUGGGCUUUCUGCCUGCCAUGUACUCAUUCCCUGGCUUUAUCAAUGUACCUGAAAUGGGGAUCAAUAUUGGCUCUGCAAAUACCUUUCAACACCUGCCAGGAGUGUCGCCCCCAAGCACGAGUUGGGAGAGACGAUGCCUGAGAAAGCACAGGAGGAGAGCAGAUGACGAAGGAUGCAGUGCCAAAAAGAGGAGGCUGAUGGGAGAGGCAGGAUGUGAUCCUUUGGAUGACCUCAGCCCUAAUGUGUGUCAGAUCUGGCCACCAGGCAACAACUGCUCCCCUCUACCUGAAUCAGCCAGCCAAGCACCUCCCCAGCACUGCCUGGGGACUCAGAACCUGGAGCUGCCCAUAUCCGGGUCUCCCUCCCAUCUGGCCAGUCCAGAAGCAGAAGGCUCCUGCAUCGAGGUGGCGACUGCUCAUAGGAGACUGCAGGAGAUUGAGGAAAGGAUCACCCUGGAGGAUGAUGAUGAUGAUGAUGAUGAGGACCUGGAUGUAGAGCCAGCACCCAGGCGGCCAGUGCUGGUGAUGUCUGACAGUCUGAGGGAGGGGCUUCAGCGUGGCAUCAGUGACAUUCUCCCCCACACUGUGGCCCAGUCUGUGAGCCACUCCUGUAUGGAGCUGGUAGUAUGGCGCCUCCCAGAGGAUGCGCUGGCCCGAAAGCUGAAAGACUCCCUGCAGAGGAAGCAGCAGACUACCAGCAGGCAACCCCCGACCCCCAGUGCCACUCCUACACCUCAGAUUCCCCCCACCCCCACAAACCCCCCAGGGGAGACGUACUCCCCUCUGUACUGCAGCCCAGGGGCCGGGGCCCACAGCUCUGGAGAGGAGGACAUGGAGCUGUAGGGCUUUGGAGACCCAGCAUCAGGAAUGCCCAGAGUAGCUACAGGUCUCAGCCUUGGAUCACUUGGUUGGCCCCUCAGAGAAGCCAUGGCGAGGCAGAAAAAACUGUAUAGACAGAUCCAAAAGCUUCACAGUGAUAUGAACGUCCGCUUUGGAUCAAGACCAGGCUGUUGGGCAGCAUGGCACAUGUAUGUACCCACUUUCUUUGUGUUAUAGUCAGAUAAUACUGGAUUUAAAGAGCAACUGCCUCUAAAAACCAACUUCUCAUUUAGAAAACAGCCUAUGUGGCAUCAAUAUGAGUGAGAACCAUUUAUUCUACUGUCAAAAUUGAAUACAAAGUGUAAAUAGGAUAAUUUUGGUAAUAAAGUCAAUCUCGUCCAAA